AUGGAGCCCCAGCCCGGCGCCUCCCGCCCUGCCGCGCGAAGAGGAGGAGGACGCGGCGGGUCCGGCGGGCAGCGGAGGCGCUGUCGUGGAGGAGAUCCUGCGGCUCUACAACAGCCCAUCAACGAGGAGCAGGCGUGGGCCGUAUACCAGUGCUGCGCCUCGCUGCGCGCCCGCGCCCGCCGCGGAGAGACCCCCGCCGGCAGGCCGGGGGCGGCGGCCGCGCACCUCCGCGUCUGGCGGGACGGCGCCGUCACCCUGGAGCAGGACGAGCACCGGCCGCCCCCGCCCGCCGCAGGUAAAUCAGGCCAUUUACACUGCACAGAAAUGGAGGUUAUUGAAUCACUGGGGAUUAUUAUAUAUAAAGCCCUUGACUAUGGUUUGAAGGACAAUGAAGAGCGGGAAUUAAGUCCUCCACUGGAGCAGCUUAUUGACUACAUGACUAAUACUACAGAAACAGAUGGGAGUAGGGAUGAAGGAUAUGAUGCUCUGGAUGAAGGAGUGGAGGAUGACAAUGAGGACGACAAAGAGGAAAUUGAGGCCAUUCAUUCCUAUAAAGAUGUCAUGAAGCUGUGUGCUGCCCACCUGCCAACCCGAUCAGAGGCUCCAAACCACUAUCAAGCAGUAUGUCGGGCUCUGUUUGCUGAAACAAUGGAACUGUACACUUUCUUGGCCAAAAUUAAAAGUGCAAAAGAGAACCUAAAGAAGAUUCAGGAAAUGGACAAAGAGGGAAGUGAUGAAUCCAGCACAGAUCUUGAUGACUUAAAAAAUGCUGACUGGGCUCGUUUUUGGGUGCAAGUGAUGCGAGAUUUACGGAAUGGUGUUAAACUUAAGAAAGUUCAAGAGCGUCAGUACAACCCACUCCCAAUAGAAUAUCAGCUCACACCCUAUGAGAUGCUGAUGGAUGAUAUUAGAUCCAAACGCUACACCUUAAGGAAGGUCAUGGUCAACGGUGACAUCCCACCCCGAUUAAAAAAGAGUGCCCAUGAAAUAAUCCUGGAUUUCAUCCGAUCGCGACCUCCAUUAAAUCCUGCCUCGGCAAGGAAACUGAAACCAACCCCACCACGGCCACGCAGCCUUCAUGAAAGGAUACUGGAGGAAAUCAAGGCGGAGAGGAAGUUACGUCCAGUCUCACCUGAUGAGAUAAGGCGUAGCAGGCUGGAUGUGCCAACGCCAGAGGCUGGAAGAAAAGUAGUGGAUGCCUCUGUAGUGAACGGUGGCCUGGCACCACAAGGAAAGCAGAAUGGGACCACACAAGUCACAGUACAACGCAAGAGACUCCUUAAAGCUCCCACAUUGGCUGAACUUGACAGCUCAGAUUCAGAGGAGGAAUCAGUGCACAAGUCAGGAAGUAGCAGCAGCAUCUCCCCCUCACAAGUGGAAGACCCCUCUCAAGAAGGCACCAGCAGCAGGAAGAUGCCUCCGAAGUUCUUGCCCAUAUCGUCUACACCACAGCCUGAGAGACGGCAACCACCUCAGAGACGACACUCCAUUGAAAAGGAAACACCAACCAAUGUGAGACAGUUCCUACCCCCUUCAAAACAGAGCUCCAGGUCACUUGAGGAGUUCUGUUACCCAGUGGAAUGUCUGGCUCUGACAGUGGAGGAGGUCAUGCACAUCCGUCAGGUGCUGGUGAAGGCAGAGCUGGAAAAGUACCAGCAAUAUAAAGAUGUCUACACUGCUCUCAAGAAAGGAAAGCUCUGCUUUUGCUGUCGAACAAGAAGGUUUUCUUUCUUUACCUGGUCUUACACUUGUCAGUUCUGUAAGAGGCCUGUAUGCUCACAGUGUUGCAAAAAAAUGCGGUUGCCAUCAAAGCCAUACUCUACUCUCCCCAUCUUCUCACUGGGACCUUCAACCUUGCAAAGAGGAGAAAGCUUUAUGAGGCCAGAGAAGCCCUCUACCAGUCACCACCAUUCGCUGCGGAGCAGGUUGACCUCAAGGUCCAAGUCUGUGGAUAAGUCACAUGAAGAGUUUCCCAAAGAAUUAAUGGAGGACUGGAGCACAAUGGAGGUUUGCGUGGACUGCAAGAAGUUUAUUUCAGAAAUCAUCAGUUCAAGCCGGCGCAGCCUAUCUCUGGCCAACAAGCGAGCCAGAUUAAAAAGGAAAACGCAGUCCUUCUACAUGUCAUCCCCGGGAACCUCCGACUACUGCCCUUCCGAAAGGACUAUCAAUGAGAUCUGAGCCGUGUGCCUUUUUCUUUGCUUUUGUCUUCAUGAGGUCAUCAUCCAUGGGCAAGGUCACUGAAAACAGAUUAUCAAUUCCCUUGCUUCGUUUCACUCGGCUGGCUUGGAUUUGCAUUAGGUCACAGGAUUUCCUACUCCAGCGGUUCCCGGAGACACAGGACGCUGUGUUUAGAUCUGUGCAGAAUGAUGCAAUGGGUCAGCUGCUCGCACUGGAAGAAAAUCAAUAGUUUGAAAUUGUUGCCUCUUUUGUACGUGUGCGUCGAAACUAGAAAGCCUUUUCUUGCUUUCAGUCUUUUUUUAACCAUGCUUUGAAUCAUUUUUCAGGAGACGAGAUGAAAACGUGUGUUCAGUGGGGAACCAAACCUAACCAAGUGUCAGUGUUAGCACAGUAGCAAACAGUAAGUCAUACGGGCGCUACCACCCUCGUUGUGCUCACGUCCUAGCUGAAACAGCAGAGGGUUGUAUCGCACACCAGACACCGAGUGUGAGCGGCUCUGGGUAAAACCAUCUUCCUUGGAACCGUUUCAGUUGCUCUGAGAUCAGGGUUCAGCACAGGGCUCUACAGUGUCUGUGUCCUGGGGCAAAGCAGGCGACAAAGCUCUUCACCCGUGUGGUUGGCCAUACCCCCGAGCUGCUGUAACUUUUUAAGCCUUAGUGUACUUCUAAGUGUCUCCUGAGCAGGUUUUAGUAGUUUACUUUCUAUCUUGAAUGUAUGAUAAUGACUACUAGUAGCAGUGAAUUUUAGUAGUAGAGAGAGUUGUACAGUUUAUGAGGAGGACAGGAAAUAAGGGAGGCUUCUAAUUUUAACUGAAUACCUGUAAAGUUGUUCUUGUGGUUACUCAGAGAAAACAGUGAGUAAGGUGUAAAUUUGUAUUAUAAUGGAGCACACGGAUACUGCUAUAGUUCUGUCUGACAGCAUAUCCACUAGUAACCCCAUUUUUUCUGGGGUUUAUAACUUGGCUGUAAAAAUUCAUGUUCUGCUGAAAUUUGGGACAGUGCUGUCUCAGAUUGGGAGCGACCUCUUUUUUCCUUUAAUCUUUUCUUUUUCAUUCUUUUCCCCUUUCUAAUUCACUCACAGAACCGUGCUAGACUAGUUGUUUAGAAGUUCCAACAAUGUUACAUCAGCUGACAUCUCGUGCUUUUUUGUACUUUUUUUUAUAUUCAAAUUACUUUUUUUUUUUUUAAUUCAUGCAUAGCCAGGGUUUAGUCAAUAAUUUGGGGCCAGAGCUUUUUGGUAUUUAAAACAAGCUAACAUAGCCAAGUUAUUGAUACUUGAAAAUCAACUACUGUAACUUUUUCAUAAAUUUUUAAUACCCUGGGACAUAUUUAAUAUCUAUAUAGCAGUGUAUUAUAGAAUGACAUAGCAGCAAAGUGUCAGAUCUAUUUAUUAACAUUUCUAUACUUCAGAUUAAUGAGAGAUACCUCAGAACUGCUCCAAAGUAGCUGGGACUAUAUUUCUAUAACAUGAUUUUAAAAAUAUAUUGAUCAAAACAGAUUCCCCUGUCCACAAAGCCCAAGAGGCAGACUGCCCCUCCAGCCCUGGCAAGGCACAGUGCUGAGGUUGGGAGGCACCAAGGCUGGUCGGCUCCAGUGUGGUAGCUGGGCUGCUGCCUCACUGCGGGAGCCUCCUGCUGCCCAGGGGAGCAAGGCUUCCCCUUCGGAGUCUCUGUGCGUGUCCCAUUGCAGCCUUAGGAGCAGCCGGCCAUGUCAUCUCUUCUAAGCUGAUUUGAAAAGCACAUGCUCUGUAAACCUUCCCAGGGACUCUUCCAUCCCUAUUUUUCGUUAAACACCCCCUUGGAAAAUGAGAAUUUUUGCAUAUGUAGGGCUUAUUGGAAUAGUUUCUAAUUUUUUCUGAACCAAUGCAAACAGGAAAAGCAGGGCUCAGUGCUAACUCUCCCUCAUAGCUGUCCCAUGUAAAGUCAGGUGUCAUGGCCCUCUCCUCGGGAUACCUCUGGAAAAAUGUCUUGCAUGUUAAAGCACCUAAAGUACUGGCAUGAGAUAAGUAUGUAGGAUUGCAGAAAGUGAGCAGCAGAGACGGGCUGAUGGGAAAGGUUCUGCUGUUGCUUGAAGGGUCUCCUGUCUUCAGUCACAUCAGCACUUUUUCUUGUUUCUGUGCCAAAACCAGGCAGUGUGUUGGCUGCACAGUGCAUCAGGGAAACUAGACUGAAAGAAAUGCAGGAAAUCUCCCUUUGCAUCUACGCUGUUGUUGUUGUCAUAAUUUUCUCAUGGAAAUCCUCUGGCCACCGUCACUCAGACCUCUGCUCACAGUCCUCUUCUCUGCUGUCCUCAAGCCACUGAGGUGCAGAGUAUCCAGCAUGUUUAUCUUCCUCUUUGAGAGGAAUUUAGGAUGUUGUAGAGCAGGCAAGAUGAAGGACUAAGUAAAUCCUGAGUGUGCAAAGGGAAAUGAGUCCUUCAUGCCUGUGCCCCCCUCCACCUUGGCAGUGUUCAGGGGUGGCUCUGGGGCAGCAGCAGAGCCUUGCAAUUGUGCCUUUCCGGGCUGCCCAGCAGUCCUUGGCUCAGGCUGGGCUCAGCUAUGCUGGGCAGGGCACAGACACUGAACCACAACGCAGUGGUUGUACAAACUGCUCCCUGUUGCUCACACAGCGCUGCCAUGCCUGGAUAACCUCCCUUUUUCCCUGGAAAAAACCCUCCAGGCUGCUGACAGACUCUGUGGCAGACUCCAGAAAACAUGGUGUGGAGGGCUGCCUCUCCCCUUGCCUCCCAUCCCUUCCUCCCUGGCACAAUUGCCCGCAUUAUCCCGGCAUUUCAUUCCGCAAAAGGAAAAGCGGGGGGUUGGUUUGUCACACAAAGCCUGAAGGAGCUCAGCUCCCUGGUUGCCUGGCUCUGCGGAGUGGGCUAUUUUUAGCUUUCCAUCUCGCUGCUUGCGCGAGCAUCCCAAAUCUACUGCAGCCAUUUGCCUGCACACCCCGCGGUGCUGCCCAGCAUGUCCUACUUACGGUCUGAACUUCACAGUAGCAUCAGAGGAUGAAAACAGAAGCUUGUAAAUAUCUGUAAUAUAUUUAUUAAUAUUUAGGAAAUCUCCAUCAAUCAUGCAGUGGGAAUUGACUUUCCUAUGUUGUUUUAAAAAAGGAAACGAGUCUUAUUUAUAUGUGUGUUGGCUGUUAUCUUUUAUUAGAGUUGAUGCUUUCAGCCCCCUAAUGCAGUUUGCACUCAAGAGGCAUCCUGGAGUGAAUCACUGCUGAAACGAAUGCAGAACUAGCACAGUGAGCUCCCUUCCAUGAAUUUUUAAAUUAUUUUCAUUUUUUUAGCUUUAUUAGUAUGCCCAAGGUUUGUUUAAAUACGUCAUAGGAGACCCAAGGAGCUAAAAAUGCCUCUGGCAGCAUCAGUCUUGUUUUGUACGUGAACCUGGUUGUGGGGAAUGCAAAACCAGCUCUGCCUCACGGAGGCGAUGGAGGACGUGAGCAGGCCUUUGCUGCAGCUCUCAGACCUGAUCUUUCAAGUGUUCAUGGUGACAGUAGUGUUUUGGGAGGUUGUUGUGUUUUUUUCUCUUUCCCCAUUACUUCCUUUAUACAUGGAGGAGUGUUACCUGGUGAAAAUAAAAUGCCUUUCCAUUAUAACCUUUGUCUGUGUUAAUUAUUCACGUGGAAGCUGAUUUAAAGGUUCUGUCUCUCUCUUUUUCGCGCUUUUAUAAUUUUGUAAAAUGUCAUGUUUCUUUUGGCAAAGAAUUGUUAAUGAAAAUGAUUGCAUAACAGCUGAACACUGGCUGGGCUGCAUGAAGGGAUGGAAACAUGUCAAGUACCCUUAGAAUAGCAAUAAAACUGCUUGUGUAACCCCAGUGAUGUGAUUUAGCUCCUAGUCAUCAUUUCCAGCCAAAUCCCUCUGUUACCAGUGUGCUGCUUCUUCCAACACUGGCAGGCUGUACCUGAGGCAGCGUGCUUGGCCUGCAUGUGGUACAGGCUUUGGGAGAUCUCCAUCCCUCCCUCAUCAUUGGGAGAGAAAUGGUGGCAGUCUUUUGGAAGAGUUUUUGAUGGAUUGGUUUGUUUUUAAACCAGAAGUGGAGACAUUUUUAUCACAACUAUUACAUUGUCCUCUCCCAAGCUUCCCUCUUUCCCCAGGCAAGUUCAGCAUCAAUCCCCUGGUUAAUACUUACUGGCUGCAUGCUCUAUAGGUUAAAACUAAUUUAGAAGCUCCAGCUUUAAGCUCCUGAUUGCUACCUUCAUGCUUUACCUCAUCUAGCAGCUCUGUACACCAUUUAGGAAUGUCUUUCUUACGAGCUCAGUCUCAUCUGUGAAACAGUGACAGCACACAGGCAUGAGGGAACGGUGCUGCAACUGGUGCUACAGCAUAUAGAUUAUGUUCAUGUUAUCAGAAAAUUUUAUACUAUUACCAUGUUCAUAACUUGAGCUGCUCUGGUUUAUUUCCUCUUUUGUAUGUGUGUACCUUAAGGCCAAUCUGAGAAUGUUUAUGAAUAAUGAUUCCAGCUAUAAAAA